UAUGAAGAUUUCCUCUGAGGCGUCUCUUUGUCAAUGACGGCCAAGAUGGAGACUCCUUUCUACCACGAUGACUCCCCCGCUGUCCCCGGCUUCAACCACAUCGCGGAGUACGAGCGUUACCCUGGAAACAAGAUGCUGAUGAGUAAGAAGGCCAUGUCGGUGGCAGGAAGUCAUCACUUCCACGGCAGCGGUGCAGCAGGAGGACGUGGGAACCACAACAACCUGGGGCUCGGUGGGAACAGCUCCCUGAUGGCAUCGGCGGCGGCCUCUGGAGGGCCCUCGGCAGAUAUGAACCUGCUCAAGCUGGCGUCCCCCGACCUGGAGCACCUGAUCAUCCAGUCCAACCAGGGAUUGGUCACCACGAGCCCGGUGUCCAACUCCGCCAACCCCUUCAUCUACCGCGCCCAGGCUACCAACGAGCAAGAAGGGUUCGCCGACGGCUUCGUCAAAGCACUGGCAGACCUCCACAAGCAGAACCAGCUGGUGGGAGGUGGACCCAUGUCCCCUUCCUCGUCCUCCGGUGUCUCCCUGCAGGCGUCCUACCAGAGGAACCUGAUGUCCGGUGGAGAUAUGCCCGUCUACACCAACCUCAACAGCUACAACCCGGGCCAGAUGCCUUUCCCCGGAGGGCAGAUGGCGUACGGCGGAGGCUCAGGUCAUGGCGGAGGCCCUCAGCCCCACCCUCGAGGCCUGGAUGCCCCUCAAACCGUCCCAGAGGUGCCUCACCCGCCGGGGGACCCCACCUCGCCGCCAUCCCUUUCCCCGAUCGACCUGGAGACGCAGGAGCGAAUCAAAGCAGAGCGCAAGAAGCUCCGCAACCGCAUCGCCGCGUCCAAGUGCCGCAAGCGGAAGCUGGAGCGCAUCUCGCGGCUGGAGGAGAAGGUGAAGGUCCUGAAGAACCAGAACUCGGACCUGGCCUCCACCGCCGCCAUGCUGAGGGAGCAGGUCGCUCAGCUCAAGCAGAAGGUCAUGAGUCACGUCACCAACGGCUGCCAGAUCGCCGUCGGAUCAACGGCCGCCGCCAAGCCCGGAGCAGGAGGCGGCGGCAGCGAGGACUCCAGCUGCUGAGGAGGACGAACACCAGACGGAGACAAGCUGACGGUUUACAUUAAGAUUUUGGCGUUUUGCUCGUGCUCUCGGCGGGAGCGAGCAGCUUGGUGUCGACGGCACCUCAACAGCACAGAUGGAUGUUUAACGGUCACCUGACACCACUGUCAAUCGUCCAGCCGAAGGGGGCGGGGCUUAGAGGACGCGGGAGACGGGAGGAGGGGCGUUUCCUGGACGUGGACCUACUUUAAAUGAUUUGGAAUUUUGACAGUGAAUUUUUUAAGGCAGAUUCUGGGACUCGGUGUCCGAGGCGACACGACGCUUUUAUUUAACAGGUGGAACUAAUUUCCUGCCAGAUGUUACUGACUUAGAAACACUCUGCUGUCAGCUGAUGCGCUGUAUCGGAAACAACAACCUCUGAUUUCACUGUUUAAGAUAAAUUAAAUAUGUCAUAAAGAACAUUUCUACAGUGUGAUUCAGGAGGAUCGCAGUGACAGUACUCCAAAGUAAUCAGAUUACUAGUGGUUGUUGAGUGAGGAUUAUAAUUUUCUUGUGUUAUUACGUUGCAGUUUGUUUAGUAAUCUGAUUACUCUUUACUCUUCUUUUGCUGUUCGGCUGAAUGCGGCUGCUUUAAACAUCUUAACUUCGACAGCUCGGCUUUCGCAGUAACAGUGAUAAAUGCACGUAAUCAGAUUACUUUCAGCUCUUCACAUGGUUGUAACUGAAGCUGUUAACUCGGCCCCUCUGGUGGCUGGACGUUCUUAGAACCGCGUCUUGACGGGAAAUUGCUGUUUUUUGGCAGAAACCUUCGUCGUUAUUUGGAUAUUUCUGAAUCAAGAACAAGUUUAUAACAAAAAAGUGUCUCACGUUUGUUUCUUCUGUUCUCGACACAUAAAAAAAUGUUGGAGGAGUUUAAACAUUUGCUGAUUUAAAAAAAAAGAAAAGAAAACAAAACUGAUUUUUUG